GUCAGUACGCUUGAGCACACUCGAUCACUCCCAUCUCCCGCCAGAGCUUCGUGCUUUCCGCGUUCAUUUCUUUCACACUCCAAGCUUUAAACCCUAAACCCCGAAAUUCAAUUCUUCUUCUUCUUCCAUUUUUCUGUGUAGUAUUCAGCAAUGUUCUCUCCCGGGACGAAGAGACGCAAUUCAAGCUCCAGAACAGGUCGAAAUUUGGCCCCGGCCCUGUCUGAUUCUCCUAUUACACCAAUUUCAGCCGUCCGUAAGCCAGUGCUCGAUAAUCUGGUCCCCAACCGCCCCGGCACCGGCACUCCGGCUCCUUGGACUCCUCGCUUAUCAGUCCUUGCAAGAAUUUCACCAGUUAAUAAAAGUGAUAAGGAAGAUGAGACAGAUCCAGUUCGGCCUGUUUAUGUUGGAGAGUUCCCCCAAGUGGUUCGUGAUGAGCAGGCCAGUCUGGUACAGCAGUUUGCCACAAGUGGUGCAAGCGUGGCAGGUGGAAUGGAUGCCGAGACAUCCCUUGCUUGGAUUAUAUGCCGAGACAAGCUCUUUCUUUGGACCUACUUGUUACCUGUGGCCACCAUGAAAUGUGUUGUUCGUGAACUUCCAAAAAGAAUUUUAGACAGUAAAGAUAUUGGUAGAAACAACAAUGAUCAUUGGUUGCUCAGCGUUGUUAGUUGGGAUAGCCAAAAUCAAAGUUCAAGAAAGUCAGUUAAACACCAAAACUCAGUUGCCAUUAUAAUUUGUAAUAAAAAAACAGGAGCUGUUGUAUAUUGGCCUGAUAUCUUCUCAGAUGGAGGAAGCACUCCAAUUACCUGUCUAACAUCUUCUCAUGAGCCAGCGGCAAUUUCAUCAAAAACUUCAAUUUUUGAUGGGAAAAGCACUUCACUUGCAAAUCAACGUCCGAAUAGACCAUGUACAUUCAACUCUUUGAUUGCCGUUGCUGUCCCUGAUUCCCAGUACGUUUGUGUUGCCCUUGCAUGUAGUUCAAAUGGCCAGCUUUGGCAGUAUCUCUGCAGCCCUAUGGGAAUUCAAUGUACUGAAGUACCUCAAGAUAUAUGUGGUUUUCGCUGUCAAGAUGAUGGUAGCUGUCAAAAUCUUGUGAGUGAUGGGUAUCCAAGGUCUCUAACUUGGUCUCGUUCUCACCUUCAACUGGAUAAAUUUAACAGAAAGUUUUUGCUUCUGACAGAUCAUGAGAUACAGUGUUUUUGUCUUAAACUUUUUCCUGAUUUACAAGUGUCCAAGCUCUGGUCCUAUGAAAUUGUUGGUACAGAUAGUGAUUUGGGCAUUAAAAAAGAUCUAGCUGGUCAGAAAAGGAUCUGGCCUCUUGAUUUGCAGGAAGAUGAACAAGGCGCUGUCAUCACCAUUUUAGUUGCCACAUUCUGUAAGGAUCGCAUUAGUAGUUCGAGUUAUAUACAGUAUACCCUUCUUACCUUGCAAUACAAAUCUGGGGCAGGAAUAGAGGCUAGUGGUGAUAAGAGGAUACUGGAGAAAAAAGCCCCAAUACAAGUUAUAAUUCCAAAAGCAAGAGUAGAAAAUGAAGAUUUUUUGUUCUCCAUGAGACUUAGGGUAGGGGGCAAGCCUUCGGGAUCAGCCCUCAUUCUUUCGGGUGAUGGAACGGCAACUGUCUCCCAUUACUACAGAAGCUCCACUCUGCUGUAUCAAUUUGACUUACCUUAUGAUGCGGGGAAAGUAUUAGAUGCUUCAGUUCUUCCAUCCUCGGAGCAUGGUGAAGGAGCUUGGGUUGUUCUAACUGAGAGAGCAGGAAUUUGGGCAAUACCCGUAAAAGCUAUUGUCCUUGGUGGAGUUGAACCUCCUGAACGUAGUUUGUCACGCAGGGGAAGUUCAAAUGAACGAUCUGUGCAAGAUGACUCAAGAAGCCUCAAUUUUUCUGGCAACAUCGCGAGUACAAGAGGUAGUCUUGAGGUGCAGGAUGUUGUGGAUAGGAAAAAGGCUACUUUGUCUGGGAUGGCACAUCGAACAGCUCGAGAUGAAGAAUCAGAAGCUUUGCUGCGUCAACUUUUCCAUGAUUUUCUGUCAUCUGGUCAAGUGAAUAACUCAUUUGAAAAGCUGAAGAAUUCUGGUGCAUUUGAUAGGGAGGAUGAAACAAAUGUUUUUACGCGGAUGAGCAAGUCAAUUGUUGAUACUUUAGCAAAACAUUGGACUACAACGAGAGGUGCUGAGAUUGUGUCGAUGACUGUUGUUUCUACUCAGCUGAUUGACAAACAGCAGAAGCAUGAAAAGUUUCUCCAGUUUCUUGCUUUAUCAAAGUGCCACGAAGAGUUGUGUUCUAGACAAAGAAAUUCUUUGCAAAUUAUCCUGGGGCAUGGAGAAAAGCUUGCUGCGAUGAUUCAGUUAAGGGAACUGCAGAACACAAUUUUCCAAAACCGUUCAAAUGGACUUAGUUCCUUGAGUUCUAAUUCAGAAACUCCAAUGUCCGGUGCUCUAUGGGAUCUUAUUCAAUUUGUUGGAGAGCGAGCUCGCCGAAACACUGUUCUUCUAAUGGACAGAGAUAAUACUGAAGUGUUCUACAGUAAGGUUUCUGAAUUAGAAGAAGUAUUUAAUUGUUUAGAAAGGCAGCUAGAUUAUGUGGUAAGUGCAGACGAAUCAUAUGCAGUCCAGAACCAGAGAGCUUGUGAAAUCUCUAAAGCAUGUGUUACUAUCAUGCGUGCGGCUGUGCAAUAUAGAAAUGAGCAUCAGUUAUGGUAUCCUCCAUCUGAAGGCCUAACACCUUGGUACAGUCAAUUGGUUGUGCGGAAUGGGCUAUGGCACAUUGCUUCUCUCAUGCUUCAGCUUUUAAAUGAAGUUUCUGAGCUUGAUACAUCUGCAAAAUCUGAUUUAUAUUGCUACCUGGAACUAUUAACUGAAGUUCUUCUUGAGUCACAUGCUGGAGCUGUCACUGCAAAAGCAGAGCGCGGAGAAAAAACUGAAGGUCUUUUACAUGAAUUUUGGAGUCGAAGGGAUUCACUCCUCAGCUCUCUUUAUCAAAGAAUAAAAGAUUCCGUGGAAGCUGAGCAUAAGGAUUUUAGGGGAGAUUUGGUGGAGCAAAGGGUAGAAAGCCUCAGGAAGCAUUCAUCACGUCUGUUAGCUGUUGCAAAACAGCAUGAAUGCUACAGCAUUUUAUGGAGUAUCUGCUGUGACCUUAAUGAUUCAGAGCUACUCAGGAAUCUUAUGCAUGAGAGCAUGGGGCCUAAAGGAGGGUUUAGCUACUUUGUUUUUAAAAAACUUCAUGAAAAUAAACAGUUCUCCAAGCUUUUAAGACUUGGAGAAGAGUUCCAUGAAGAACUCUUGAUAUUUCUAAAGGAGCAUCCAGAUCUUUUGUGGCUCCAUGAGUUGUUCCUUCAUCAAUUUUUCUCCGCCUCAGACACUCUCCACGAAUUAGCUCUGUCCGAAGGUGAUGGACCUGAGUCACCCCCUGAAGUUGAGACAGAAGUCGAAUCUGACCAUUGUAAUUUGGAAUUAAAAUUGGCAGAUCGAAAACGCCUUUUGUACCUCUCAAAGAUAGCUUUAAUGGCAGCAGCAGCAGGCAGGAAUACUGAGUAUGAGAGUAAGUUGAUGCGCAUUGAGGCUGAUGCAAAGAUACUCAAGUUUCAGGAAGCCAUUUUAGAUCCCUGUCUCGCCAUCGAAACAGAGCAGAAGCUCGAUUGCGAGCUCCUCCAUCCUGAUCGCCUUAUUCAACUGUGUCUCAAAAGCAAAAACCCAACACUCUCAUUGAUGGCUUUCGACAUUUUUGCCUGGACCAGUACAUCGUUUCGUGAAACCCACAGAAAGCUUUUGGAGGAGUGCUGGAAAAAUGUUGCAGAUCAGGAUGACUGGAAUCAACUAUAUGAAGCAUCAGUUGCCGAAGGAUGGAGUGAUGAAGAGACAAUGAGACACCUGAGAGAAACAGCUUUGUUCAAAGCUUCAAGCAGAUGUUAUGGACAUGGAGCAGCAGAAGUGUUUGGAGAAGGAGGUUUUGAUGCAGUAUUGACCCUAAGACAAGAGAAUCUUGAAGGCUCUAUUAUGGUGAAAGACUGUGUAGGUUCUGUAGAGGCAAUUCUGAUGCAACACAAACAUUUUCCUGAAGCAGGGAAGUUAAUGGUGACUGCCAUUAUGUUGGGAGUGGAGGAUUAUGAUAACAGAGUGGAAGAUGAUCCUAUUUUAGUGGAUUAACUUCUGCCUCUAACAUCUUCCUUUUGGCUUUGGCAUCUUCUUAAUUCUGUAAAUUCUUAGGGUUUCUAAAAGAAAGAUUCUUUGAUUGGGAUUUGUUUUUUUGCUUACUUUUCUUUGUUGUGCAUCUUUACAAGAUCCUUCUACAGUAAUGGCCUGACAAUUGUGAGACAUGCUUGGGAAAA